CCUGCUGUAAACAAAUAUGGCCGCCGAUAGAAAGUGAAUUUUGUCCGAUAAGAUCUAACUUCUAAAAAAGUUACCAGUAGCCAUGAAAUAUGUAAUUUAUUCGUAUUUAUGAGUCGGAAAGUUAAUAUUUUUUAAAGAUGUCAAGCGGAGAUAAAGGUCAAGUCGGUACGGAGUCACCGCGUCCUCUGAGAAAACGACGAACUCGCAUGGCGAACGACAAACGAAUAGCGGAUGAUGAGUUUAUGGCAGCCGCCAUAGGAGAUGUAGAAUGGCUAAGACAGAGUCUAAGGGAACAAAAAGGAAAAAUAAAUUUCGAUAAAAACGGUUUGUCAGCGAUUCACCUGGCAGCCAUCCAUGGCAGACUGGACUGCCUGAAGCUGCUGAUAGAGAAGUAUAAGGUGAAUAUUAAUCUGUCCAGUACCACGGGGUGGAGAGCCAUACACCUGUGUAUCAGUAACCAGACGGGCAAGCGGGCCCUGCAGUGUCUGCAGUACCUCCUCAACAAGCACGCAGACCCAUCCAUACCUAACAAUGACGGUAUAACACCAGUCCAUCAAGCGGCCUCAGAGGGACACGUGCAAUGUCUCAAACUUUUGAUCGAGAUCGGGGCAAAAAUAGACGGACAGGACAUAAGAGGCCACACCCCUCUAGAUUUGGCGAAACUGUGGGGACACAAGAAGUGUGCCAGAAUACUGGCUGCAGAACUGUGGCACCAAGACAAGAACAACGUGGCCAAGGAGUUGGGACAGUUACGUAAGCUGAAGAUGCAGCAGGUGCUGAAGGAGAUGGAAGAACAGGACGAGUUCAAGGCGGCCCAGGAGUACUACGGCGAGAAGGCAUAUCAGGAGUGGAUACAGAAAAAGGGUCUGAAUGGGAAAUCGCCAACUGAAGAAAAUAAGGAAGAUUUGUCAAAAUCUGAUCAGCCUAAGAAAGGAAAACCAGUUGAUUCAUUAAUGAAGCCUAACAGCAAAGCCCCACCCCCCAGUGGUAAAAAAAGCAUUCCAGAUAGGAGCAAUAUUCACGUGGCUUUUCGAGAUGACAGAACUCCCUCUCCACAAAGUGGAAGAAGGCCAGCUGAUGGUUCGGAAGAACAAGGAAAUGAGGAUGGUGAUAAAGAAAACCAGGUUACAUCAUCCAGGGAGAAAUCAUCUGCCCCUGUUUAUGUUAACCCUGAACCCUGGAGGCUGGCACUUCAUCCCCCAAAACCGGAGUAUAUAACCAAUCUCACAGACGAAUAUCCAAGGGAUGAGUUCACCAUGAUGCCAAGGACCAAAUCUGCCCACAAGUAUUUCGACGGAAAGUUUGCCAGUAGGGAAAACACUGACGGGGAUUUGAGAAGUAAGAAGUUGAAAAAAGAUAUACGCCAGCCAAAUUUACCAAAAGAUGUCAUCAAGCAAGGGCUGUCUAAGGAUCCAACAGCGGAACAACGACCAGUCCUGUUUAAACCCAUCCACAUGUUUGAUGUCACAAUGAAGAAGAAAUACGGGGAUUCUGUGAAGGGAAAGAGCGAGGUCUCUUUGCAUCUGUGUGACGACUUAUCGUCGUUUGUAUAUCAGAACAGUCUACAGAGAGCCAGCACUAUUGACGUUUUGUCCCCAAAGUCCGUCACCUCAAAUUGGCUCAGUUCCAGAUAUCCCAGGGACAAAGUGAUAAAUACCAUCAAAAAUAUGAAAAAUCCCACCAUGUUCCCCAAUAUACGAGGAGAAGAGUAUGACAUUAAUUACGGAGACAUCGCCACCUUUAAUUGAAUUCCGACUUAAUUUUCAUUUCCAGCUUGAUGACCUGAUGAACUUCUGAUCUCUGCUGGCCUUGGUUAUAUCUGAAUAUGACUGUGUUGCUGCUGAAUAAAUGUUUUCUUUUCUUUUCCGUCCCUUCCAUGUUUAAAUAGAAAAAAUUUAUAGGGUUUAUUUUUUAUUCUUGUUACUGCAGUGUACAUGUAUUAUACACAUGUAGCCUUGUUUGUUGAAGAAUAUUCAGAAGUUACUGCUUAUCAUCAUAUGUAUUUUUAAAUGUUAUUUGUUUGUUGUGGUGCCUUAAAUCUUUGUACUGCUGAUCUUAAGUGUAUCAUUGUCAAAGCCAACAGACACAGGCUUGAGCUGUGUCAUGCAUUAUUGCUGGUGUGUACAAGUUACCACAAAUAUAUUUUUUUGAUUUAUUUAUAUAAAAUCUGAAGAAAAAAUUGAAAUGAUUAUACAUGUACAAUAUUUUUUUUUAUAAAAUAUGUCUUUUUUACAAAACUAUUUUAUGGAGAGUAUUUUUUCUUUUUAGUCAUAAUUUUAUUUAUACAAGAAAUCUGCAUGUGAUUUGAAGUACAUGAUCCUGCAUUCAUUUGUAGCAGUGUAUACACAGACUUGUAAAAUUAGGUACAAGUCUAAACAAGUAAAUAAGCUUUAUAAAUACAUGAUGAAUGUACAUCUAUUUUUUAAUUUGUAUGUAUAUAUAUAUAUGUUAACUGCUGAAAUCUUUCUACAUGUGUAUGAUGUUAAUGUAUAAAUCAAUGUCGUGAAUAUAAACGCUUCAUUUUUCUCUUUCAUAAGUGCAAUUGUAAUAAAUCAUAAACUGCU